AUGCCCUUUUGGUCGAAGCUUUCUUUUAGAAAGGCUUUAGACACACCUGUACAGGAAAGUCCCAGUCUUGAGAGUGUGCCUCCGGGAGAGGGACUCGGAACUCUGGCUGCUGGAAUGGAGAAGUGCAUCAUUGAUCUGCAGAUCGCAAAGGAUCUGUUAUUGAAGGAGGAGCUGGACAAGAUGACUCUUCAUACUUACAAUUCGGAGGAGGGUCCUUUGUGGUGUGUCAGAGUCCUGCCUCUGGGAAGGAAAUCCCCGUCUCUAGAGGGCCUCAAUGGGGAGUUUCUUCAUAAUUAUGCUUUGAUAUUUGGUAUACAUCACUCCAUAGCUGAUGGAACUACUAACGUGAAAAUAUGCAAUUUACUCUGUAACAUUGUGAACGACCUAAUGGGUGGUUUAAUGAUCGACGAUAAAGAGCAGUUGGGUGACAUCACCGGAGAUGCAGAAGUACUGAAAUUAUACGAUGAAGAAGUUGCCAGAUUAAAAGAGAACCCUGAACUGGGCGCGGAAAUAAAGAGAGAACUCGACGAAGGCGCAAAAGUUCGUCCGUUGAUCCGGCAUAUUUGUAAGGUCCCAUCAGAUGUGCCUGUCAUAACUAAAAGUGUCACAGCCAUUUUUAGCUCUGAGAUAUCAGACAGAUUCUACAGGAAGGCGAAGUUAAAGGGAGUCAGCCUUCACUCAGCACUUGUGACUCUUAUCAACCUUAGUUUUGUUAAACUAUUACAAGAGCAUGGCAUCAAUCAGGAUGAAUAUAAUCUGAGAGCUGGACACGAUAUCAACAUCAGGAGAUACUACAACUCGGAGAAGUCAGCGAGAGCUCUCGGCGUCCACGGGCCACAGUAUGGAUACAGAUCUUCGUUCUGGGCGCCAAGAGACUUGGUUCCUGUGUUCUGGGAGACUGCCAAGGAAUUCAACGCAAGGUUUCACGCAGAUAUAUCGUCACGAAAGGUGUUAACGGUGUCAGCGUACCGAAUGAGGAAUGAAAACACAAGCCAGAAUUUCAGAGAAAUGUUUAGGACAGACGGGGAGCCAAAUUACUACUACACCAUAUCAAACAUGGGGAAUCUGUCUGGGGCAUUAUUCGAAGGGGGCCAGUAUGUUGCUCUGAAGAAACUCACGAGGUUCUCUUCUCUUAGGAAUGGGAACUCUUUCAUGUGCAUCUAUAUCCAUACAUUUAGAAACCAGUUGAAUCUGACAUAUGCUUAUUCUUCAAGGUUCUUAUCACAUGACACUGUUGAAAGGCUUGCAGAACUGUUUGAGAUUAACCUGCCGUUAGUUUGUGAUAUUUGAAUGGGGGUUUUCUUUCUGAAGCCUUAGACAUUGCUUAAUAGAAUAAAACAAUUUUAUAUAUGAUGAGAAAAACAGUGGUACAAUGAAAGUUAUUUAUUUUCAUGCAGAAGUCCUUAUGUUAAAGGUUUAUUUUUUUUACUAAUCUUUUGGGCAUUAAUACUACAUUUUUAUUAGCGUUGGUAUGAAUGAAUGAUUUUGAGUUAUCUGGCAUUGUGACAAAUGGGUAUAUCAUGGCUAUGAAAUUAUUUUCGUCUAAGAUGUGAAAACGUGGAGAAACAAUGUAAGAUACACUAAUUAAAAAAAAC